UUUAAGCUGGGCAGAAAAAAAGCGCUUCACCGAGAGAACAGCUGAAAACCUUCGUCACCGUGAAGGAAUAACAUUUAUUCAUUUUCAUUUCUUUUCUUCUAACACUUCAGUUAAUGAGAAGAAAAACAGGUGGCACGCGCACUGAUCUGGAUCAAGUGAGGAGCAGCGGUGUGCUCAGUGUCACUGGGAAGACAGGAACAUGGCAGUCUUCACUCAGCUGGGUCUGCUACUUUGGAAGAACUUCACCUAUCGACGGAGACAAACCAUCCAGUUGCUGAUCGAGAUUGUCUGGCCCUUGUUUAUCUUCUUCAUCCUGAUUUCAGUCCGAAUGUACUACCCACCCUUCGAGCAACAUGAAUGCCACUUUCCUAACAAGGCCAUGCCCUCAGCAGGUACCCUGCCCUGGGUACAAGGUAUCAUUUGUAACGCCAACAACCCCUGCUUCCGCUACCCCACCCACGGAGAGAGUCCCGGGGCUGUGGAAAACUUCAACGAUUCCAUAAUCUCCCGACUGUUCACUGAUGCUAAGAAGAUCCUGUUGUACAGUCAGAAUGAUAAGAGCUACGAGGGCUACAAUGGACUGCUGAGGGCCCUCAGGGAGCUGCAGACGAACACACCCCGUUUCAAACUGAAGGACUUUUUGAGAGACAAUGAGACACUUUCCCACUUCCUGCACCACAAUGCCUCACUUCCUCGUCACGCUCUGCGGCAGAUUGUGGAGGCUGAUGUCAACCUUGAGAAGGUCCUGACCAAAGGUUUUGGUUUCCAUCUCAGAGACCUCUGUAACACCACACCCCUGGAGGAGUUUGUUCACAUUUCUGACCACAGUGUUUCUCAUCUGACACAAGAAAUCAUCUGUAAUUCCUCCACUGACUGGUUGAACCAAGCCCAGAGCCACUUCCUCUCCAACCUCGACUUCCUCAAACCCAUUCGACGAGAUGUGAAGUCGUCUCCAAAAGCUGUUCAGGAAGUCUCGGCUGCAACUGACAGUCUUCUGCAAAGCCUGGGAAACCUGGCUGUGGAGCUCAUCAGUAUGAAGAGCUGGCAGGACAUGCGUAAGGAGAUUCUGUAUCUAACGACCAAUCCCGCAGGCUCUCCUAAACAGAUGUACCAGGCCGUGUCGCGUAUUGUCUGUGGGCACCCCGAGGGAGGUGGCCUCAAAAUCAAGUCUCUCAACUGGUACGAAGACCACAACUACAAGGCCCUGUUUGGAAACCAUGGCAACGACAGUGACAGCGAGCCUCUCUCUGUUUACGACAACUCAUCCACGCCCUAUUGCAACAACCUGAUGCGCAGCUUGGAGUCCAGCCCCAUUUCCAGGAUGAUCUGGAGAGCUCUGAAGCCACUGCUGAUGGGGAAGAUCCUGUACACCCCAGAUACUCCAGCUACACAGAGGAUCAUCCACGAGGUGAAUAAGACCUUCCAGGAGCUGGGUGUAUUGAGGGACUUAGGAGGCAUGUGGGAGGAGAUGAGGAUCAAAAUUUGGAACUUCUUGGAGAAUAGUAAAGAAAUGGACCUUGUCAGGAUCCUGCUGCAAAAUAAUGCCAGCGCUGCUUUCCUUAAUGCUCAGCUCAGUGAGACUGAGUGGCGUGUGUCAAACGUGUCAGACUUCUUAUCCAAGGCCUCAGAGGACCGUAGGCCCGCAGGAUCCUCCUUCACCUGGAGAGACGUCUUUAACGAGACUGACCAGGCCAUACAGCUCAUCUCACGCUUUAUGGAGUGUGUGGACCUGAACAAGCUGGAGCCGGUAGCUAAUGAAGAGCGACUAGUUAAUAAGUCCAUGGGUCUUCUUGACAGCCAGAGGUUUUGGGCAGGAAUAGUCUUCCCCGAUAUCACACGCAGCAGCAGCACUGAUCUUCCUCCCAAUAUCAAUUAUAAGAUCCGUAUGGACAUCGACAAUGUGGAGAGGACCAAUAAGAUUAAAGACGGGUACUGGGAUCCAGGUCCAAGGGCAGACCCCUUUGAGGACCUGCGGUACAUUUGGGGAGGCUUCUCCUACCUUCAGGAUAUUAUCGAGCAUGGAAUCGUCAGAGCCAUCACCGGCUCUAAGGAGCGGACCGGCAUCUACAUCCAGCAGAUGCCUUACCCGUGCUACGUUGAUGACAUUUUUUUGCGGGUGAUGAGCCGGUCGAUGCCUCUGUUCAUGACGUUGGCGUGGAUGUACUCUGUCGCAAUCAUCAUCAAGGGCGUUGUAUAUGAGAAAGAGGCACGGCUGAAGGAGACCAUGAGGAUCAUGGGACUGAACAACGGUAUUCUGUGGCUCAGCUGGUUCAUCAGCAGUUUAAUUCCGCUGCUGAUCAGCGCUGGGUUGUUAGUGAUGUUGUUGAAGGUGGGCAACCUGUUGCCUUACAGUGACUCUGGUGUGGUGUUUCUGUUCUUGGGAUCCUUCGGCGUCGUGACCAUCAUGCAGUGUUUCCUCAUUAGCACCCUGUUUUCUCGUGCCAACUUGGCAGCAGCCUGUGGUGGAAUCAUCUACUUUACCCUCUACCUGCCCUACGUGCUGUGUGUUGCCUGGCAAGACUAUGUGGGCUUUGGGGCAAAAAUUGUUGUGAGUCUGCUGUCUCCUGUAGCUUUUGGCUUUGGCUGUGAGUACUUUUCCCUGUUUGAGGAACAAGGUGUUGGAAUCCAGUGGUCCAACUUGCUGGCCAGCCCUCUGGAGGAUGACAGCUACAACCUGACAACGUCUAUCUGUCUCAUGCUGUUUGACGCCGUGCUCUACGGAAUAAUGACCUGGUACAUCGAAGCCGUGUUCCCUGGUCAGUAUGGGAUCCCCAGACCGUGGUAUUUCCCUUUCACUAAGACCUACUGGUGUGGCGAGAAUGAGGGCAAGAACAUGUCCGCCUCCCUGUUAAAGAAAGACAAUGCUGAAGCGGUGUGUAUUGAAGAGGAGCCGAGUCACAUCGAGCCAGGUGUUUACAUUGAGAAUCUGGUGAAAGUGUACAGCCACGGCAAUAAACUGGCUGUAGAUGGACUCUCUCUGCGCUUCUAUGAAGGACAAAUCACCUCCUUCCUGGGUCACAACGGUGCUGGCAAGACCACAACUAUGUCAAUCUUGACGGGAUUGUUCCCACCCACGUCUGGUACGGCCUACAUCCUUGGCAAAGACAUCCGCAGUGAGCUGAGCACCAUCCGGCAGAACCUGGGUGUUUGUCCCCAGCACAACGUACUUUUCAGCAUGCUGACCGUGGAGGAACACAUUUGGUUUUAUGCUCGUUUGAAAGGACUGCCGGAGGAAAAGGUUAAAGCUGAGAUGGAGCAGAUUGUGAGUGAUGUCGGCCUGCCGCACAAACGAAAGUCACGCACCAGUACUCUGUCCGGAGGGAUGCAGAGGAAGCUGUCAGUGGCACUUGCUUUUGUUGGAGGGUCAAAGGUUGCGAUCCUGGACGAACCUACUGCUGGGGUUGAUCCCUACGCACGCAGAGGCAUCUGGGACCUGCUGCUGAAAUACAGACAAGGCCGAACCAUCAUUCUGUCCACGCACCACAUGGACGAGGCUGACAUCCUGGGUGACCGCAUUGCCAUUAUUUCUCACGGUAAACUGUGCUGUGUUGGCUCCUCGCUCUUCCUGAAGACUCAGCUGGGGACAGGCUACUACCUGACCCUUGUGAAAAGAGACUACGAUGUAUCGCUCCAGUCAUGCAGAAAUUCUGCCAGUACCGUCUCCUACACCAAGAAAACUGAGAAGGAUGACACUGUAUCUGAGAGUAGUUCAGAUGCAGGUCUUGGCAGUGAACCGGAGAGUGAAACUACCACCAUUGACGUGUCCCUCAUUUCCAAUGUAAUCUUCAAACAUGUUCCUGAGGCACGUCUAGUGGAAGAUCUUGGCCAUGAACUCACCUACGUCCUACCCUACCAGUCCGCUAAAGAUGGCGCCUUUGUAGAGCUCUUCCAUGAACUUGACGACCGACUCUCUGACCUAGGAAUAUCCAGCUACGGAAUAGCUGACACCACUCUGGAAGAGAUUUUCCUUAAAGUGGCUGAGGACAGUGGAGUGGAUGCUGUUGAGCUUUCAGAUGGAGUGGUGCCAACUAGGACCCGUCGGAGGCACGCAUUUGGAAACCACCAGAGUUGCCUGAAACCAUUCACUGAGGAUGACAACUUUGAUUCCAACGACUCUGAAGGUGACCCAGAAUCGCGGGACACAGACUGGCUUGGAGGAACUGAUGGUAAAGGGUCAUACAAGGUCAAAGGGUGGAGACUGAAGAGACAGCAGUUUGCUGCUUUGCUGUGGAAACGGUUCCUCUACGCUCGGCGCUCCAGAAAAGGCUUCUUUGCUCAGAUUGUUCUUCCGGCGGUGUUUGUGUGUAUUGCCCUAGUGUUCAGCCUGAUCGUUCCUCCAUUUGGAAAAUAUCCCAGUCUGGCUUUACAUCCCAGCAUGUACGGAGAACAGUUUACUUUCAUCAGCAACGAUUUGCCCAAUGACCACCACACCAACAAAUUACUAGGAGCUCUGACAGAAAAACCAGGAUUUGGAACACGCUGCAUGGAAGGAGAUCCCAUACCUGACACUCCCUGUACAGCUGUUAAGGACAAAUGGACAACCCCAGCAGUCUCUGAGAGUGUGACGGAAAUGUUUGGCAAAGGUAACUGGAGCAUGAAGAAUCCUUCUCCUAUGUGCAAGUGCAGCAGUGAAGGACGUAAACGGAUGCUGCCUGAAUGUCCCGCUGGUGCAGGAGGGCUUCCUCCACCCCAGGUGAAGAUCACUGAGGAAGACACCCUUCAGAACUUAACUGGCAGGAAUGUUUCAGACUAUUUGGUUAAAACGUACGCUCAGAUCAUCGGCAAGAGUCUGAAGAACAAGAUUUGGGUCAAUGAGUUCAGGUAUGGUGGUUUCUCAUUGGGCGCCAGGCGUUCUCAGAUCCUCUCCCACAGAGACAACAUCGAUGACGCAAUCGCUCAGCUGCGGACACGCUUCCAGCUGGAGAGAGGGACUGCAGCGGAUCGUUUCUUACGCAGUCUGUCCAGUUUUAUCCAGACUUUGGACACAAAGCAUAAUGUCAAGAUUUGGUUUAACAACAAAGGCUGGCACAGCAUCAGUUCUUUCCUCAACGUGAUGAACAAUGGCAUCCUGCGAGCGAGUCUACCAGCCGGCAAAGACCCUUCAAAGUUUGGCAUCACUGCCUUCAAUCACCCGCUAAACCUCACCAAGGAGCAGCUGUCACAGGUGGCACUGAUGACGACGUCAGUGGACGUGCUGGUGUCCAUCUGCGUCAUCUUCGCCAUGUCCUUUGUCCCAGCCAGCUUUGUGGUCUUCCUCAUUCAGGAGAGAGUGAACAAGGCCAAACACAUGCAGUUCAUCAGCGGAGUGCAGCCCUUUCUUUACUGGCUCGCUAACUUCGUCUGGGACAUGUGUAACUACAUUGUCCCGGCCACGCUGGUGAUCAUCAUCUUUGUGUGUUUCCAACAAGAAGCCUACGUCUCUUCCACCAACCUGCCUGUGCUCGCCCUGCUGCUCUUGCUGUACGGGUGGUCAAUAACUCCUCUGAUGUAUCCUGCCUCCUUCUUCUUUAAAAUCCCGAGCACGGCUUAUGUGGUUUUGACGAGUGUCAACAUACUCAUUGGAAUCAACGGAAGUGUGUCCACGUUUGUCCUGGAGCUGUUUGGAAGCAACGAGGUUGGCGGUCUCAACGACAUCCUGAAAAAUCUGUUUCUCAUCUUCCCUCACUUCUGUCUGGGCCGGGGACUCAUUGACAUGGUCAAGAACCAGGCGAUGGCUGACGCUUUGGAGAGAUUUGGUGAAAACCGGUUCCGUUCUCCUUUGGCAUGGGACAUGGUGGGAAAGAAUCUGUUUGCGAUGGCCAUAGAGGGCGUGAUCUUCUUCAGUAUCACAGUCCUCAUUCAGUAUCGCUUCUGCAUCAAGACUAGGUCAUCCACCAGUCACUUGAAGCCCAUUGGAGAAGAGGACGAAGAUGUAGCAAGAGAGCGUCAGAGGAUCCUGAGCAGAGGAGGACAAUCAGAUAUCCUGGAGCUCAGACAGCUCACCAAGAUUUACAAACGCAAACAGAAGCCGGCUGUGGACCGUCUGUGUGUCGGCAUCCCUCCUGGAGAGUGUUUUGGUUUGUUAGGAGUGAAUGGAGCAGGAAAAACCAGCACCUUUAAAAUGCUAACUGGAGACUCUGUGGUCACCAGUGGAGAGGCCUACCUGGCUGGAAAGAGUGUUACAAAGGAAAUAGAUGAGGUGCACCAGAACAUGGGCUACUGUCCUCAGUUUGAUGCCAUAAACGACCUGUUAACGGGCAGAGAGCAUCUGGAGUUUUAUGCCAUCCUGAGAGGCGUUCCUGAGAAGGAAGUCUGUGAGGUGGCAGACUGGGGCAUACGGAAGCUUGGGUUGGUCAAAUAUGUGGACAAGGCAGCUGGAAGCUACAGUGGAGGAAACAUGAGGAAACUGUCCACAGCCAUAGCUCUCAUAGGAGGACCGCCGGUUGUUUUUCUGGAUGAACCGACCACGGGCAUGGACCCGAAGGCUCGUCGAUUCUUGUGGAACACCAUCCUGAGUAUCAUCAAAGAGGGACGAUCUGUAGUCCUCACCUCUCACAGCAUGGAGGAGUGUGAAGCGCUCUGCACCAGAAUGGCCAUCAUGGUCAACGGCAGGUUCCGUUGUCUAGGCAGCGUGCAGCAUCUCAAGAACAGGUUUGGGGACGGCUACACCAUCAUCCUGCGGGUAGCGGGGCCCGACCCCGACCUUCACCAGGUGAUGGAGUUCAUUGAGCAGCAGCUGCCCAGCAGCACGCUGAAGGAGAAACACCGUAAUAUGCUACAGUACCAGCUGCCUUCCUCCCUCACCUCCCUCGCCCGCAUUUUCGCCCUGCUUUCCAAGAACAAGGAGGUGCUCAGUAUAGAGGACUACUCAGUCUCCCAAACCACUCUAGACCAAGUGUUUGUUAAUUUCGCCAAGGACCAAAGUGACGAGGACCAUUUGAAAGACGUCCACCUGAGCAAAAGGGACGCUGUCAUGGUGGACAUUUCCGAGAUAAAUAACUUCCUCUUGGACAGCACAGUCAAGGAAGACUGUGUGUGAUUCCACAACAUGCCACCAGGGGUGCCGAUACGCAUGAGCCACCUGCCCUAUCGCAGCUAAACGGACCAGUAACACAGAGAGGAGAGGAACUGUUGAUUUUUAUUAUUAUUAGUAUUUGUAGUAUUUUUAAAUGCUCAUUUCUCAGUGGGCCUGCACUUCAGCGCACAGCCUCUUGAAAAGAGACGAGGCAGAGAGUGAUGGACACUGAACAAAUGAAAACUCAAUGCAAAUCAAUGCAAGAAAACAUAUAUUUAAGAUAAGCAGAUAUUCCUGUGGCGGCUGGAGACUGGUACUUCUCCUUCACCAGAUGGACAGAAAGAAAGAAAGAAAAGACUUGUGAACACUUGAAGUGACGGCAGGAUGACGGCGGCGUGUCGGACUGGACAGCACGCUGACCUUCACAGUGGAUGAAGCAGAGGAGAGCGACAGCAAGAGCUCGACUUUUAAAUUCCGUUCUCAUAGUCGGCGGUCAUCAGUGGGACUGUGUGCCUGUUCCUCUGUGUUGUGACGUAAUGACAACAUAAAACAAAGUUCCAAUCAUUCACUGCCUGCUGGUUUAAAAAAAAAACACUGACUGACUUUUUUUUACUAUUGUUAUUAUUAUUCAGGGUCAAAUCGCUCUAUCUUUGUUACCACGUGCAGUUGUUUGACAAUGCAAAUGAUCAUCAAAGCAUUUACACUCUAGUUAAGUUCACACUUUCAGACUCUACAUUUUUGCAAAUUAGAUUUUAUUUUUAAGAUAAAAUAAGGUUUUAUUUUGGAGGACUUUUUUUUUUUUUGGUCCAGUACAGUUUCUCUUGUGUCGUGUUAGAUAGAAACCAGAACACUCCGUUAUUAGCGCUGUGGAAUAUGAAGAAAAGAAACCAGCAUGUGGAAAAGGAGCUCUUUGUGGAAAUGCUUCAUGAAACUUGGCUGUUUGUUAAAAUUGUGUCCUUCAAUGUCAAAAAAAGAAGAAAAACAUGUGCAGUCUGCUAUAAGGAUGUUUGCACUGUACGUGGACAGUCACCGCAAACUGAUUAGUUAUUUGGUCUUUGAAAGCACCGGUUAUUUUUGACUUCAUGCUUUCAGCCGGGACACGUGUGGACUGUUUUUGUGCAUGUCGAAUUGGGCGGUCAGAUGGAGUUCUGUUCUACGCGCUGGGUUCCUGAGCUACUCAUCACUAGAUAUUGUACAUCUAAAACAUUAAUCUGUUGAAACUCUUCUGGCAGACGGACUGUUUCCUGCAGGUUCAACAUCAUCUCUCGUAAUUGAGGAUUUCUGUAUAAAUUUGAGUAUUUGUUUUUUAUACAAAUGCUUGAAUGAAGUCACAAUGCCAGCAUUCUCCACUUAUUCAAGCACUGGUGUGGAUAUUAUGUAGAGUAAUGAUUAUUUGGGAUGCUGUUUAAAGCUACAGUUGGUUAGAUUUUUGGGCAUUUAUUAGCAGAAAUGGAAUAUCGCAUUUAGAGCCAUCUGUUCUAAAUCUAAAUCUGUUCAGUCGUGUGCAGGUUACCUAUAACAGUCUUGUGCCAAAUGGAGCUCAACACACAGCAUCUAAUCUGAUCAACCAGCAAAAUGUUGUAAAAUUCAGUAUGUAUUUGUUCCAUCAGCACAGCUCAGCAGCUCAGACUUUUCUUUUUGUAGCAAAGUAGGACAUAAAAGCACAGCUAACACUUCCAGUAUCUUCUAAUGAUGUUGCCAAAUUCUAAUAUCUGGUGUCAUCCAGGUUGAACUGUCAGAAAAUUUUUAUUUUAAUGGUUGAGAUGAUAUGGUUGAAAUAUUAUUUUUGCGCCUGUAUUUAGAGGUUAAAAUGUACAUUUCAAUCAGCCAAACACACAGAAAACUACAACAGGGACCACUUUCAAAUUCGUGACACGUCGUCAUAGCGGGUGCUCCACCAUCAUACUUCUUGAGUUCUUUUGGGGCUUUAAAUCACUUUGGGCUUCGGGCUUCCAAACGCUUGAGGGUUUAUCUACCACAAUUCUCUCUGCUAAAUUUGAGCACUUUAAUGGUUUGGCAGCCUUUUGUUUCACGUGUAGAAAUAACUCAAUUAAUGAGUAACAUUUAAAACAUCUCACACUGGAACUGGGACGUGGUAAGAUGAAGCCACGCCACUGCGAAAAUAAAACUUUGAAACUUGAACAAAGACUUACAGGUGAUGGAGGUACAUGAGUAGAAAAAAAAGCAGUUAGUAGUGAGAUUUUUUUAAGUGUAGUAUUUUGGUGAUUAUUUCCUUUUCUCGUUAUUUGUUUACAUUUUGAAGUAUUAAAAAUGGUUGAGUCUGUUACUCAUUGUGUAUUGUUCCAAUUUACAUUAAUAAAGUUCAUACGUUUUGAA